AUGUCUCUCUUCCCCACCGUGCCUUCUGCUGGAGACUUCGCUCCUCUCUUCCGUCUUCUGGAUGACUAUGACGCCCACCGCUCUAGCCGCGGCCAUGUCUCCUCUCUCCGCUCGUUCACGCCUCGCUUUGACGUCCGGGAGAGCGAUGAUGCUUACCACCUUGAUGGCGAACUCCCUGGAAUCUCUCAGGAGAACAUUGACAUCGAAUUUUCCGACCGCCGCACCCUGGUGAUCUCGGGUUGCAGCGAGCGUGAAUUCCAUAACACCACCAUCAAUGACACACCGCCCCAGAGCCACGACGUCCAGGGUGAGAGCGGUGACAUUGUCAGGCCUGGAGAGCAGUCCGUCACCAAGUCUGCGAACAACAAGCAUCGCUACUUGGUGAGCGAGCGCUCUCUUGGCGAAUUCCACCGCACCUUCAGCUUCCCCGACGAGGUUGACCAAGACAAGGUCAAAGCUAGCCUGAAGAACGGCAUCCUCUCUGUUGUGGUCCCCAAGGUGACCGCCUCAGGUUCCAAGAAGAUCACCAUUGAGUAA